UGUAACGUGGAGGUAGGGGUGUAGGGAAGUUUGUGUUAAACUAGGCUGCAUUUUCAGCUUUCUAAACACAGCUUAUAUAUAAAUAUCUAUCAUUACCUUUUCAGACUUGACGAGAGUUUUCUAUGGCAAGUUAGAUUUUCUUUACUGCUGAUGACUGGAAAAGAAACGUGUCAUUUGUUAGCAUUUGUUAAAUGACAGGUGAUAAUAUAUUUGACUGUGGACAGAAAGCUGUUUGAUAUUAUAUAUAUAAUAUACAUAUAUAAUAUAUAAUAUACAUAUAUUAUACAUUUUUUUAUGUAUAAGAAGAUCGACGUUUUAACUCGCCGUUAUCAGCAUGUCUUACUUGGAGUGGGCUGAGUCUCAGCUUGCAGAGAUAGAGCUGCUGACCAGCAUGUUUCCUACCCGGGAGGAGCUGGAGCUCACAGACCAGCUGGCACUAGCUGAGCUGAGGGACUAUGUGGAGGGCUCAGCUUCUGCAGACACCCCUCCUCCCUCCAGACCCCAGUUUCUUAUCAAGCAGAAGCUCGACACUGCAAGCAUGGGGAUGACGGAUGUAAUUCUGUCCUGUGCUUAUCCAUCUGAAUAUCCCAGUGUGAUGCCAGAGAUAACGGUCCGGUGUGGCAGUCUCAGCAGAGCCCAGCAGACACAGAUUCAUGCAGAUCUCAAUGCAUUCCUUCUGGAAAACUGCCAGGGGGAAGUAUGUGUGCUCUCUGCUGUGGACUGGGUGAAAGACAACCUGCAGCUCUUCAUCAGUAAGAGCUUAUCAGCAGCACCAGCUCCUGUGAAAGAGUCCUCUUCUCCACGAUCCGAGGAAGUGUUCAGCAGACUGUGGAUCUACAGUCAUCACAUCUACAACAAGACAAAGAGGAAGAACAUCUUGGAGUGGUCCAAGGAGCUGGGCCUGACGGGAUUUAGCAUGCCUGGGAAGCCUGGUAUUGUGUGUGUGGAAGGUCCCCAGUCCGCCUGCGAGGAGUUCUGGUCCAGAGUGAAGGUUCUGACAUGGAAGAAGAUCAUGAUUCGACAUAGAGAGGAUAUUCCCCUUGAUCGUCAGGGAGAGGACAGCAGGACUGUUGAAAGUAUAGACUCUCUGCGCAAAUUCACAGGCUUUGAAGAAGCAAUGUUCGACCCCCAUGGGAACAGAGGUAAUCACAUGGACCUUGGGCAACUCUACCAGUUCUUAAAUGAAAAAGGCUGUUGUGACGUCUUUCAGAUAUAUUUUGGCAUUGAAGGGAGGUAGAGAAUAAAUAUACAUAUGGGUUUGACUGGUGCCUUGUCAUUGAUGUAACUUCUCUUGAAAAAUCACUCUGGUGCAUUCAUUACCGUUGUACUUUUUUGUUUGUUAGUUACACACGCAAGCACACAAAUGGAUUGCUGAGCACAUGGUCCUGUGCCCGAUAAACUGAAAUAAAUGAACCCACCUUUUUAUGGAAGAUUUUCAGUUGAUACACCUGGGACCUCAUUCGAAUAAAAGACAGAACAUUUCUGCAAUUUGAGACACACAGUUCUUGCUCUUUUUAGCUAAUAGGCAUAUUUUUCAAAAAGAAGCAUUAAAAAGAUGUUUACCUGAGAGUUCUUUCAAGGACCUCGGUUAUAUUUGCAAUUUUAAUAUUCCUGUAUGUGCUGCAGAUCAUACCUUGCCCUAGGUGCUUCUUUCAUCAGUUGGCACCACUGUGUAUUACUACGAGGCUAUUAUAGGAUUUUCAGGUCUGAUACCACAUUAAUAAUUGGACAACAUAGUCAACAAUAUGCUGGGUAUCUGUUUAUGAAAUCUGUUGAUUUUCCUCUCAUGAAUUGUAGAUAACAUAAAUCUUUCUCCAAUUUUCUUGGUAUGAUUAGUUGUUAGAUAAAUUGUGCAUAAUUGUGGAUUACACUCUGGCAAU